GCAUAUAAGUGUAUCGCUGCUUCUGUUUUUACGUCAGAUAAUGGGAAAAUCUAAAAGAAAACACCGACAGCGAGAAGAUAAAUUAUCUCGUAAACACCUUUUAGAACGUUUAGAAAAACUUGAAUCUUACUAUCGCCGAGGAACUUUCUCGCAGGCAAGGACAAACGAAAUUCCAUCACCUUCACUUAGAACAAGGGCGAGCCGCUCUCCUAUUUCCUCCUCGGCGACUAGGGCGUGUCGAGUUGGAUACAGCAGUCGCUCUCGACGCCGUAAAUCAAGCAGCUCUGUUUCCGCUACUUCAGAUGAAGAAGAUGGGUCCGCUUCUAAACGUUUUAGAUCUCGUUCACCGAAUUACAGUGCAGCCCGUACCCAGAGCGUUACGGCGGACACUAUUCGUGACUGGGGCGGUAGGCGCAGCAGAUCAAGUUCAGUAGCUUCCGAUCGUCACAGUGUAGCCCGUAUUCCAAGCAAUACGGCAGACACAAACACGGAUGCCCAUAACUUAAACGUUGUGGCUCCUUCACCAACGGGCCCGGUCUCUGAGGACGUUUUAGAGAUUGAAAACGAUGUUCAGCUCCCUAUGGAGGUUCUGGAGAUUUUAGGAAACGAUCCUAGUCAAAAAGAGACCUCAUCGCCUAACUUACACGCAGCCUUGGCAUCUCGUUGGACUUCUUUAGCGGCUUUUGGUUUGUCAAAAGAUGAGCAGAACGCUUUUGCGGACACCUAUACUACUCCAGCUAAUUGUUCUGCGUUAACCGCGCCAGCCUUGAAUCCGGAAACAAGGGCAAUCCUACCUUCUUCCAUUCAAGCCAAGGAUGCCGCUUACGUAAAAUUUCAGAGUAGCCUCAGCAACGGGAUUGUAGCUUUAGGGAGGGGGCUUGACAUAGUUCUUCGGGAAAACGAAAAUUUUCCCACAAACUGCAGGGAGAAUUUGCUCAAAAACCUCUCAGAUGCGGGCAAAAUAUUAGUAUCCUUUUUUCAUGAUCUGUCGAUUUCAAGGCGAAAGUUCAUAUUUCCAUAUAUGAACAAAAACACUAAAGACAUUCUUGAGCAAUGCCCCCCUACAAACCUACUAUUUGGCUCAGAUUUAGCGGAAAAGGUUAAAGCGGCGAAGCACAUAGAAUCCUCCGGUAAAGAUCUAAAAGCUUCUACGCCUCGCUCAAAUCCUAGAACUAGACCCCUUCUAUCAACGAAAAGGAGGGGGGGGGGCAGACAGUCACAGGUACAGGAACGGAGACGUAGUCCUUUAAACAGGUACCGCCCAACCCGUCAGAUGAGGGAGACAGGGCCAAAGGGCAAUACCUCGCGUUUCCACGCCAGGAGAUCGGGAAAUCUCAACAGGAAAACUUAAACGAGGCAAGUACUAAAUUAGCAGGCAGGCUAUCCCUUUUUUAUGAGAAGUGGCAAGCUUUGACAUCGAAUAAGGUGAUUCUUAAGUGGGUUAAGGGUUAUCCUUUACCGUUGAUCAGUACACCUGUACAAUUUGUACCGCCAAAAGUUUUUCCUUUAUCUUCAGGAGAACAAUCUUUAAUGGACGGGGAAAUAAAUAACUUAUUAAAAUUGGGCGCUAUAGUAAAGUGUAAACCACUUAUGGACCAAUUUCUUUCUCGCACU